UGCGAGGCAGCAGACGCGGUGCGAGGUGAAGUCUAUAUCACAGACUCUGAGCGUCGGCGUAAAUAUUACUAUCAAUUGAAGGGAGUCGAGGCUAAUUCUAAACACACACAGCUACUUCAACACAUCUAUACCGCCAUCCUGGAUGCGUCUGUAGCUGAGUGCCAACUGUGAGGCCCCCUUUCACCUCGCAUUGUCUUCCUUUACUAUGAUGAUUUUGUGUUCCGGUUUCAGACUGAAGGAUCAAAGUAGCCACAGUGAUUAUGCGAAGGAGAUUAAUCUCCGUGCCAUGUUGCAAGAGAUAACGGUGCUUCAAACAAAACUCGAUGCAACGGAUGAUGAAGAUGAACAGCAAGCACUGGAAGAGGACGUGACAGGAAAGGUCCUGUGGCUUUCCUGGUGUGGGAUCCUUUCAGAAGUGAAACAGCGAUUACCAGAGGUUGUGGAAUACAUACAGAGGGAUGGGGAUUCAAUGACGCCGGAAGGCCGCGACCGCUUCCGCCAGGGUUUGCGCGAAAUCGGGGAUAUUAUUAAGAAAACACCACACGUACACCUGGAUGAUGAUCUAGCUCACUUGCGGCGGAUCAUGCUUGACGCCGGGGCAGGCGUAUCUAAACAUGCAUUAUGGCUUGUUGCGCAGGCGGCAGAGCAAAAUAAGUGGUCAAGCACACCUAUAUUGAAAGAAGACUAUCCCGCUAUUCCACCUCGCUUCAUGGAGCACGCUGACACCAACUAUCGAGCGAACUCCGAACACUAGAAAUGACACCGUCCGGUCCCCUAGCUGUGGAUAACCUUUAUCAAUGGGUGAAGAUGUUGACAGUGGGCUACACCUAACAACACCUCUGCCCCAGUGCUGACCCUGGCUAUCUGCCUCUUCUGGAUGUCA